CAGAAGUAUAUUUGCAAUGAAGAAAAAGAACUGUAAUGAUUCAAAAGUUGUUAUUGAUGCAAGAAAGAACAGAAAAGGAUUACAAAAAGAUAACCUAAGAAGUCAUAAUUUCAAAAAAUCUCAUGUGGAGACACCCCAGUGUUCAUCAAGCAUUGAAAGUGUGAAAGUGAAAAGGAAAACAUCGGUUAUACUUGACUUGUGGAUAAAAUAUAUCAAGGAGAUGAAAAACAGAAAUUCCAGACUUUUGAAAUUACAGAAAUAUUUCUCUGAUAUGGAUUUAAUGUACGAACACUUGAAUCAACGCAUGCAGGCGUUAGAGAAGGCAAUGAACUUUACAGAAGAAGAACCCCAGUGAAGGAAUAGUUUCUACGAACUAUCUUGAAUUUUCAAUACCGUAUUAACUAUGGCAUUAGGGUAGAUUGAUAUAAGAGUUCAAGGGUUUUAAGGGAAAGCUAAGUUGAUUUACAAGGAAGGGCUAUGCCAUAUCCAUUUUUGAUACAAAUAUCCACCACUUUGAGGCGUAUUUUCAUCUCGACAAUCACGGACGACUUUUUAUUUGCAAGCGCAGUUUUCCUGCAGCUAAGAUAACUAUUUUCCAGUCUUGCAUUGAUUAAAUGAAUGAUAUUGAUAAGAAACAUGUAAUUAUACAUGUAAUAGCCAUCGCAUUUAGAAAAAAAUCUUUCAUCCAUUAUAACUAUCAAGUAUUUGAGAAUGCAGAUGGAAAUUUCUUAACGGUUUUGUUGUGCCCCUUGAUUCUACAAAAAUUUACAUUUUCAAGAAUUUGAAAGAAAGCACUGAAAGCUUUGUAUUUAUAAGUAACCCAUUAUUGAAGUGCGCGCCCGCGCGCGAGCGAGAGAGAGAG